AUCCGCCGUCCAUCCCCGAUCCGACGGCCACCGCGCGUCGCGUCCGUCUCCUCCCCUCCACGUCGCUUGCAACUUUUACAAGAGGAAACCGGACGAACACCUCCUCUCCUCUCCGCCUCCCCGGAUCCAGAAACCCCAGCCAGCCAGCCCCCCAAAUCGGCGGAAUUCCGAGAUCUCUUGCUGGGAUUCGAGCGAUUCGACGCCCUCCUCGUCUGCUGAAUUCCUUCGAUUCUGUGCGGUUUCGUUUCUUGGUUUGGAUUUUACGGGAGGUGCUGCCCUGGGAUCGAUCGAUGCGGAGUUUGUGAUCUGAUCUUUGUUGUGUGGGGAAGAUGCCGGUCUCGACAAGGGCCAGCGCGGCCGGCGGCCAGCCGUGGAGCUCGGCGGCGCCCGCGCCGGCGUCGGCUCCGGGACGCGGCGGGGCGCGGCGGGAGAUCUUGACGAACCACCACCACCACGGCCUCAAGGAGAAGAUGCGCGCUCUCACCCUCUUCUACGAGCAGCACAAGCAGCAGCUCGCCUCGUCGCAGGGCGGCGGCGCGCGGGGCCGCCGCAGCAUCCAGUACGCCGUCGGCGAGGUGGGCGGGGACGAGAACGGGAGGAACGCCGAGGAGGAGGACGACGUGGGGCGCAAGCGCCACGACGCCGUCCCGGCGGCGGUGCUAAGGGAGAACAUGGCGCCGCCGGAGGAGCGAGCCCCACCCCCACCUCCAGCUCCGCCUCCCAAGAGCAGCCACGUCGUCGUGUUCUCCAGGCAGGCCGACCCAACAGAGAAGGAGAACGUCAGCCACGGCGGGAUCGCCACCAUGUCGUGCCCCAUCAAGAAGGCGGCGCCGGCGCUCCCCGCGCCCGCGGCCAGGAAGCUCUCGCUGGGGGGCGGCAUGGCCGCCAGGCUGAAGACCGCAGGGGAGGCCGGCGCCGGCAAUGGCGACGCCGCCGGCAGCCGAAUCAUGGUGUUCGUCAGGCUGCGGCCGAUGUCGAGGAAGGAGAAGGACGCCGGGUCGAGGAGCUGCGUCAAGAUCGUGAACAAGAAGGACGUGUACCUGACGGAGUUCGCCUCGGAGACCGACUACCUCAGGCUGAAGCGGGUGCGCGGCCGCCAUUUCUGCUUCGACUCCUCCUUCCCCGACACCACGACGCAGGCGGAAGUCUACAGCACCACAACAUCAGAUCUUGUGGAGGGUGUUCUGCAAGGUAGGAAUGGGACGGUGUUCUGCUAUGGAGCCACUGGUGCUGGGAAGACCUACACAAUGCUUGGGACGAUGGAAAGCCCCGGCGUAAUGGUGCUCGCCAUCAAGGAUUUGUUCACCAAGGUGAGGCAGAGGAGUCAUGACGGCAACCACUCAAUUCAGCUGUCCUACCUCGAGGUCUACAAUGAGACAGUGAGGGACUUGCUCUCUCCUGGUAGACCCCUCCUCCUUAGAGAAGAUAAGCAGGGAACUGUUGCUGCUGGUCUUACUCACUACAGAGCAUACUCCACGGAUGAGGUAAUGAAAUUACUUCAGCAGGGUAACCAGAAUAGAACAACAGAACCAACCCGAGUAAAUGAGACCUCAUCACGCUCCCAUGCAAUCCUGCAGGUCAUCGUCGAAUAUAGAUCCAUAGAUGGAGGUAGCAUAGUGACGCGAGUUGGAAAGCUCUCUCUCAUUGAUCUUGCUGGAUCAGAAAGAGCUCUAGCAACUGAUCAGCGCACGCAGAGAUCAAUUGAAGGCGCAAACAUUAACCGCUCGCUCCUUGCGCUCAGCAGCUGUAUCAAUGCUCUUGUGGAGGGGAAGAAGCACAUACCAUAUCGCAAUUCCAAGCUGACACAACUCCUGAAGGAUUCACUUGGGGGCUCCUGCAACACUGUCAUGAUCGCGAACAUAAGCCCCUCAAAUCUUUCCUUCGGGGAGACACAGAACACGCUUCAUUGGGCUGAUCGUGCCAAGGAGAUUAAAACCAAGGCAUUAACCACUGCAAAUGAGGAGGUUUUGAGAGUCACAGAUUCUGAGACUGAUCAGGCUAAGCUGGUGUUGGAGCUGCAGAAGGAGAACAGUGAGCUGAGGCAGCAGUUGGCACGGCAACAACAGAAACUACUGACUGUUCAGGCUCAGACACUUGCUUCCAAUGCCUCGCCGCAGCAAUCUCCUGCUCCCUCAGCGCAAAUAUCAACACCAUGCUCAACUCAAAGAAAGGUGAAGCGUUCUAUCCUAGCUGGGAACUGCUUCAACACACCAGAUUCCAAAAGACCUGCAGCAGAGAAUGCACAGGUCCGGGAUCUGCAGAGGAAAGUCAAGGCCAUGGAGGCCGAGAUCGAGAAGAUGAAGAAAGAGCACCUUCUGCAGCUCAAGCAGAAGGAUGAGUUCAUCCGUGAUCUGAUCAACAGGAAGACCUCAAAUGUUCCUGAAGCAGCAACAUGUGAGAGAAGAGUUGCCACCAGAGCAAGCGUGCGAAAGGCGCAGAAAGAUGCAGCAGCUGCAGGCGAGCUAAGGAGCCCGAGCCACCGGUUUACGUCACCAGUACCAACAGCCAAGAAGCGUACCUUCUGGGACAUUGGAGGCAACAGCCCUUCUACACUUGCAGUGAAUGGAAGGAAGACCCGGAGCCAUGUAGCCGCAGAAACACCAAAAGGCACUUCAAUGCUUCUUCAGCCUGGAUUUGCAAGGCAGAGAGCGAUCCAUUGAGACAACACUCAGAAGAAAAUUGCUUACAGCAGAUAGGCAUGUCCAUACAAUUUUUUCCAGCCUUAUUCAACUGUGUUAAUUGGAGUCAGUUGAAAUUCAUGUAUCCAUAGUCUUGAGUUCAGUUUGUCCGAGCAAACUGAAGCUCCAUAGUUCUUUUUCCUAGCUUUUUAACCCAUUUAAGUUUAAAUUAUUGGACCUGUAAAACAUUUGAUCAGGAGAGAGGAUGUGAGCUGAUUUUUAAAUUAAUAGUUUUGAGGCCCCAGUUUCCAUACUGUAAAAGUCAUUGCUGAAGUUUAACAUUUUAUUAUUCCUGGUAUUCAUCAAAA